AUGAAAAGAAUCCCCAUUUUCCUGUUCUCGUUAUAUAUGUUACCUCUGGGAGAUAUUAUCAGGAAUCAUAACAUACAGUUUCACUGCUACGCAGAUGACACACAGCUUUACAUCUCCUCACAUCCUAGCGAAACACACAAUUUUUCUAAGCUAUCAGACUGCAUCAGCGAUAUAAGUGAUUGGAUGGCACAUAACUUUCUUAUGCUAAACUCCAAUAAGACAGAGAUACUUGUUAUCGAACCGAAUCGCUACAAAUAUAAUAUGACAGACUACAAGUUGCCCAUAGAUGGCUGCACUGUGGUGCCAACCUCCACGGUUAAGAAUUUAGGUGUGAUGUUCGACAGAAAUGUAUCCUUCGACAGCCAUAUCUCCAAUGUCUGCCGCACAGCGUUCUUCCACCUUAGAAAUAUCUCAAAAAUACGCCAUAUGUUGUCUGCAUCAGAUGCAGAGAAGCUUAUCCACGCUUUUAUGACCUCUAAAAUAGACUAUUGUAACUCGUUACUCGGAGGAUGCCAUGCAAAUCAGGUAAACAAGCUUCAGCUAGUUCAAAACGCUUCUGCAAGAGUUCUUACUCGAUCUAAGAAGUAUGACCGCAUAAGCCCAAUUCUGGCAUCUUUACACUGGCUACCAGUUAAAUAUCGUAUACAAUUUAAAAUAUUACUAAUCACCUACAAAGCCUUAAAUGGCCUAGCACCCUCAUAUCUUAGAGAAUUAUUAUCAGAAUACAAUCCAUCACGUGCAUUGCGGUCACAAAAUUCUGGCCUCUUAAUUAUCCCUAAAAUAUCAAAAGUGUCUAAAGGUGGCAGAUCCUUUUCCUACUUAGCCCCUAAGCUAUGGAAUGAUUUACCAACCGACGUCCGAAAAUCAGAGACAGUAGAUAACUUUAAAUCUAGACUUAAAACUUUUCUCUUUAACAAGGCAUUCGCAUAG